AUGUGGAAGCAUAUAUUUACGCAUGGACUCCGGUAUAAUCAACCCAAUGCAUCUUCAAAAAGCUUGAUUCUGUCCGUUCUGAACUCGACGGCUACAAAACGAGAGGCUAAGGACUAUCUUUCGAAAUAUAGAAACGGGAAUGGUCAACAUAAUCACUGCUUGUUCUUCAUUAGAGAUCUGCAUGAGGUGGCACCUGCAAUUUUGACUCAGGUUUCGAGUGCCAUAAAAAGGCUCGGAAUGCUCGGUUUGCGUCCCAUAUUUGCAAUUCCACCAUCACCAUCACCAUCACGUGUAAAUAUACAAGCAGAGUUACUCGAUAGUAUUGUUACAAAUGCUGAUAUGAGACCGCUUCAUCUUAAAGAGGGCUUGACAAAAUCUCGCACUGGGUUAUAUCAUUCUGCUUUGUCACGACAGAGCAAGUUGUUUGAUAUUGCAAACUCGGAUAUGAUACCAAUUAUUAAACCCUACGUGUAUAAUCAAGAAACAGCGUCUGAAUUCAUGACGACGGAUGUCGUAAAAUUCAUGAAUUGUCUAUGUCAGGGAGAUAUUCCGCAUAUCGACAAGUUCUUCAUUUUGAAUGAAGCCGGAGGCAUACCCUCAGGAGAAAGACAUGACAACGCUCACGUUUUCAUAAAUCUUUCCCAAGAAUUCAGGCAUCUGUUCUCGUCUUUGUCUCAUAAUAUACGCACUCUGAGAAAACCAGAACCACGCUCACAGGAUUUGUUACACAGGAUGGAGCUACAUGCUAAACAAGAUGAAAUAUCUUCUCUGGAAUGUGAAUACCAUAAUCAUUUGGAAGAUCUGUUGCUAAUGAACAAAGUACUAUCAAAUCUAGCACCUGCAGCUACGGGAUUGAUUACCACCAUCAAAGCCGCUGCAUUAUCUUCAGACAGAAGAAAUCCUUUAGUAUAUAACCUCCUUACGGAUCGUUCGUUAAUAUCCUCUUCUUUACCAAGGUUUAAAAAGAACAGCAUUGAAAUGGACUCAUCAACUGAUGCGUUAAGUGAACAUACGUGGUAUGAGCUGCCUUCGCAGCCAGCAAACACGGCACCAUCCAAUUCAGAUGCUGUCUUAGUAACCACUGUUUUAAAAAGGGGAGUUCAUAUAAAAACGUAUGAUUAUAAGACGUUGACUCAGUUCAACUCCAUCGGGCUACCAAAGGAAUUUCACGUACCUGAAACAGGAGAAGAGCCUCCUGCCAAUUCCUUCAAGUUGGAUAUCAACAAAUUCAAAGCAAUCAUAGACCAGAGCUUCAAAAGAUCUUUGGAUGUGCGUGACUAUUUAAAUAGGAUCAACGGACGAAUAGCUACAAUCAUAGUUAUAGGUGAUUAUGAGGGUAUUGCCAUUUUAACGUAUGAAGGCCCUGAAAAAGACCCAUUUGUUUAUCUCGAUAAGUUCGCUGUUCUACCGCAUCUGAAAGGCUCUUUGGGUAUAUCUGAUAUUAUAUUCAAUUUGAUGUUUAAGAAGUUUCCUAACGAAAUACUCUGGAGAAGCAGGAAAGAUAAUGUAGUGAACAAGUGGUACUUUCAACGUAGCGUUGCCGUGCUAGAUCUGUCGGUAGAUUUGGAUCCUGAACAUCAUGAUAAACAGCAAAGCCAAUUCAAGUUAUUCUAUUACGGCAAUCCUCAAUUCGCUAAGAGGGCUUUGCGUAAUAAGACACGUCUAAGAGAAAUCAUGAAAUCUAUUAGAGAUAUUAAGCCAAGUUGGUACAAAUGA